AUGUUGAAAAUAUGCGCGAUUUUCGCGAUACUCCUCGUUGUCCGGCCAAUCGAGUCCCGUCGGAAUGAUCGAAUAGGAGACGUUAUUCACAGUAUAUCGAACAUUUUCACAUUUCUGUGCACGCGAUGUGAACAAAUUGUUGUUUUAGUGGAUGAAGCGAUAGAUAAUGAGACGCUGAAAAAGGAUGCCAGCAAACUAUGCGAUUCGGUUUUGGGAUUCAAUGAGAUUCUCGACAAGAUCUGCCAAAGUGUUGUAGAAGACAUCCUUGGCGAAAUUUAUGUGCAAUUGAAACGAUUUGAGCCGAAUCAAUCAAUUUGUGCUCAUUUGCAUUUAUGCGACGCUUGCUCGUUUCCAACGCCGCUUCCUUCGAUGAAACUUCAUGCGAAUUCAACUGGAAAUGUGCUCAGUUUGAUCGGAAAUAUCGCGAAACUUCAAACUGCCAUUUUGGAAUUAAACUUCUAA